AAGUUUUAUUCAAGUGAAAAGGUGCCCUUAUUUAGGUUACGCAAGCCAAAAGAACCUAAAAAGCAAGCAUAAUGAGAAGAAUAAGUUGUGUAGAUUAUGUUUAGGUAAUGAGUUAAGAGUUAUUUCAAGUGGCGACGAGGAUAUUCGAACAAAGCUGAACAGUGUGCUUAUCACCAUGUGCUCUGAUUUAGAUUAUGGCCGACAGCCCAGAAGAAACAUCGUUUAUUGAUCUGUCCGAAACGUGUCCAUCACCGCUCUUUUUGGACGUAGCAGAAGAUAGUUCGCCAGGAAACAGCUUGGAGAACAUUGUAGAAGAAGAAGUCGAGGGUGAAGAGCUCAAUGAAACAGUAAGUCAACAUUCAAAAAUGACGCCUCAAAGACCAAGGAUUGAACCUUAUGAUCCAAAGGGUGGACUAACCUUUGACGAAUACACCGACCGAUGGGACUUGUAUUUUGAAGACCAAGGGAUUGAAGACGUAACAAAGCAGAGAAACGCAUUUCUGACGAAUAUGGACAGCAAAACUUAUACCCUGAUUAUAAAUUUGCUGAAACCUAAAAAGCAAGCAGAACCAACUAAGUCUGUCCAGAGGGAUAGAUUCCAUGCCAGAGUACAGCAACCUGGGGAGCCAGCCAUAGAGUUUAUUACGGAGUUGUCAAGAUUGGCUGACAAAGCUCAAUUCAAGGAGAGAGACGAAGCUAUGGUGGCCAGGAUGAUAUCUGGUUUACGUGAUUUGAAGUUAAAGGAGAGCCUUCUCCUUGAACCAGAUGACAAGUUGACAGUCGAGUACGUGUCAACGAGGAUUUACGCACAUGAGCGAGCAGAGGCUGCGGCAAAGGAGUUGUCUGGUGGACAAAAGGGAUCGCUGCACCAAGUUGUGCAGAAAAAAGCACCUGACAAGGACCGCCAGCCAAAUUGGAAAAGAACAAAAGGUGGGCUGUUGGGCCAUUAUGAAGAAAUGCAGAAGAACAACCAGUGUUUCUGCUGUGGAAAAACAAGUCAUAUGAGGGAUGACUGCAAAUUGAAGAAAAAGUUGUGCCAAUUUUGUGGGCGAAUUGGGCACCAAGAAGAUGUCUGCUACACCAAGAAACUAAAGCAGAAAAGCAAAACGACUCAUCACUUGGAUAAUGAAGAAAACUCAAGUGAAGAAAGUUCUAGUGAAGAAGACGAGGGAGCCAAAGGAGGUGCUCGAAGACAAGAAGAAGCAGUCACAAACUACCUUUUGAAAAUGGAGACUAAAUGCGAGAAAUUGUCCAGUAAGAGAAUUUUUCUAGACAUCCAAUUGAAUGGGCAAACUUUGCCAAUGGAACUUGACACUGGAGCCUCAUAUUCACUGAUUGGAGGGCAAACGUUCAGUGAGUAUUUUCCAAAAGGAGCUCAGUUGCAGCCAUCGAAUGUAAAAAUGAAGCCUUGGGGUGAUGGCCCUGAAAUUAGAGCAGCUGGUGCAUUAUUUGUGCCCAUUUGGCUACAAGGAAGAGAAGAGCCAGUUCAGCUUGAACUGCUAGUGAUGGAGCAACCUGGGCCAGCUUUAAUUGGACGGAACUGGUUUGAAGAACUGGGUGUAGAAAUGAAAAUUCCAAGAGUGAUUGCAAGAGAAAAUGUGAAGGCGGAGAAAGUGAAAAAGAAGAAAAAGAAAAAGAGGAAGAAAAAGCAUAGUGCAAGUGUCUUCAAGAUGGAAAACAUUCCUGAAGAAUUUCAAGAUUUGAGUGAAGUAUUUUCGCCUGGGCUUGGAAGGUUCAAGGGCCCCCCAGUGCGAAUUGAAUUGAAGGAUGGAGCAAAACCAAUACAACGAAACGCUCGCCAAGUGCCAUUUGCACUUGUUGAGAAAACAGAAAAGGCUCUGAUUGAGCUGGAAGAAGCAGGAGUAAUCGAGCAAACUUUGUCAUCUGAUUGGGCCACGCCGAUAGUAGUGGUAGAGAAAGGUGACAAGGUGCGAAUUUGUGCCGACUACUCGUCAACCGUAAAUCCGCAGAUCAAGCGCUCAGAUUACCCGUUACCAACAUUAGACCAACUGCUGAGUAAAGUGAAGAAAGGAUUCCAUUUCACCAAAAUUGAUUUAGCCGAGGCAUACCUCCAGUUUGAGGUGGACGAGGAGUCGUCCGAAAUUCUGACCAUAACUACCCAGAGAGGACGAUUCAAAUUUCGAAGAAUGCCACCAGAACUGGAGUACCUGGGCUAUUUGUUUACUCAAGAAGGAGUGAAACCUACUAAUGAGAAGAUCAAGGCCAUUCAAGACAUGCCUGCCCCGAAGAACCUCGAUGAGUUACGAGCCUAUCUCGGGUUGCUGAAGAAAGGGGCGCGUUUCUAUUGGUCCACAGAAUGCCAAACUGCCAUGGAGGAGGCAAAAAGAAUUGUGAGCAAGCAGGCAGCCCUAGCAUACUUUGACCCAAGCAAGGAUGUGAUACUAGCAUGUGACGGGAGUAACAAAGGAAUCGGUGCAGUGCUCAGCCAAGUUGAACAGGGAAAAGAGAUUGAUGUGGAGGCUCUAUCCAUUGUCUGGGCUGUCAAGAAACUGAAAAAGUUUUUGUGGGGACGUCAGUUCACGAUAAUCACUGACCAUAGGCCUCUUCUUGGUAUUUUCAGCCCUGGAAAACCAUUAUCUGACCACUUACCAGCAAAACUCAAGAGGCUGCCUUUGGAAGUUGUUGAGGAGGAUCAAGAUGAACUUUUCUGUGAAGAAGCCAAAAUUUGUUUCAUGGACUUGCUGAACCCAACGUUGACAGUGGACAGAUUUAAAGAAGAAGCAAAAGUCGACGAAGAACUUUCUGCAAUCAAGCCUCUUCUGUUGCAAGAGAAAGCAGUGGUGCCGCAAAGCCUGCGAGAGAAAAUUUUGUGCUUGCUUCACUCGAACCAUUUCGGAGAGGUCCGAACAAAAUCACUGGCCCGUCAAUAUUUCUGGUGGCCAGAAAUGGACCUAGAGAUUUCAAAUUUGUGUGCAGCCUGUGAACCAUGCAGACUGUUCAACAAGGCGCCAAACAAAGCACCUAUUAUUCCAUGGGGGAAAACAUUCAUUAUUGGAGUUGAUGGGCUAUCUGGAUGGAUGGAUUGUGAGCGAACAAGAGGAAUGUCAGCAGACGACGUGAUACUCUUCUGUAGAAAGAAUUUCCGAUUCCAGGGAUUGUGUGAUGUGAUUGUUGCUGACAAUGGGCCCGCAUUUAGCCCUGCUUCAAAUGGUGUGGCAGAAAAAGGUGUCCAGACAGUGAAAGCCUUCCUCAAGAAAGUUAGUGGUGAUGAAAAGAAGUUGGACAGCUUUUUGUUGGGCCAAAAUUCUUGUCCUAAUCCCACUACUGGCAUCGCAGCAGCAGAAUUCAACCUUGGCCGAAGGCCUCAGACGGUCAUCGACAAAGUGCACCCAGAUCAACAACACAUAAGACGACAAAUUGAAAGGGAGAAGAGGGCAAUCGCCGCAGUCACAACUAAGCCUCGGGGAGGAGUUGAGGGUCAAGAAGUGGCGUUCCGACAAUUCACAGGAAGAGAUAAGUGGGUCCCUGGGCAAGCAGUCCGACUACUGGGCCCUCGUCGUGUGAGGGUGAAAGAUGGAGAGGGAAUUGAGCGUGAGAGGCACUUGGACCAGGUGAAAUUUCAGCCACCUCUCAGGCGCUCAUCGAGAGUGAGAAAAAAAUUAAAUCAGACUUAAGUGAGUUUAAAAUUGCUAACCAUUUUGCUAUUAUUUGCCACUGAUACAAUAAUUGUAUAAUUUAAUUUGAAGUGCUAUGCUGUAAUCCAACAUUAAUUAUCAAAAUUGUAAUUUUGAUCUGCCUCUGGAGGUUUGCUAUGUCUGAAAAAGAGUAAGCAUAGCACUUUUCUAUUGGCAUCAAAUUGGAUCUCCCGCCAAGGCGCAGCGCAGCGCGUUUACCUUUUGUUUUGGGUUAAUAAAAAGUUAGUAGAGAACAAGCAAGUAAACUCGAAACAAGCCAAGUUUUAUUCAAGUGAAAAGGUGCCCUUAUUUAGGUUACGCAAGCCAAAAGAACCUAAAAAGCAAGCAUAAUGAGAAGAAUAAGUUGUGUAGAUUAUGUUUAGGUAAUGAGUUAAGAGUUAUUUCAAGAAUGUCCUAAAAUAAAUAAGGGCAUGAAUUUCAUUAAAAAAGCAGCAUCUCUAGAUAAUAAAAUUUAAAACCAUGAUUAAAAAAGCAAAUAAUU